UAGAGGCUCAACAAAUCCAAGGAGAAAUUAAUGCCAUUGGCCGAAAUGAUAUCCUAGCAAGAGCACUUAAGACUCCUGAACAUGGAGGUUGUGUUAGAGGUGUCGGAUCAGGUGUUACCAAUAAGCAAUACUUUGGUUACAACAAACCCACACCAUCUAGUAAAUUGCGUUCCGAACUCAAUGGUGUCAAAUCAAAAUUAAUUUUUAUGAAAAACACUCAGGAUUUGUUGUUAAAUUACUUAAUGUCUAUUGGUCAGCUCAACCAAGACCAAUUGAAACAAUUUGGUGAUGGUGGUGGUAUCCAAGGGUUAGGGUUCGGGGGUGCCAAGUCUGCCCACUUUCAUGGUACGAAUGGCCAAGCACUUCAAGGUGCCUGUUUCCAACUAUCCUUAAAACAGAAUACAGUGCAACAACAAGAAGAUGGUGCUUGGCCUGAGCAUGAGAAUGUGCCUGACAGCAAUCAAGUUAGUCGUCGUUUAGAGGGUGUCUAAGAGGGUGGUUUUGGUGGCAGUCAAGGCCGGAUUGGGUGGUAUGUUAGGGGAGUACAAGUGACCAAAGACUGCAAGGUGCCAACUUUCAGCUUGCCUCAAAACAGAAUAAAGUUCAAGUUCCAGAAGUCUAAACUGUGGUGUACCAUGUUGCUUGGCCCGAUCUAGAGAAAGAAUACGUGCCUGAAACUGAGUUUGUACUUUCUACCGAGCAAGUCAAUGAUCAACCAUUUCCCCAGGGUGUUAGCAGUUUAUAUUCCUUGGCGGUUGAGAAUGACAAAGGUGUCCAUAUAGUUGCCGUCGGAGAAGUGUAUGUUGGUAGGGAAGGAGAAGUGGUCAAGAAUCAUUUCAAACCCAUGCCUAGCGGUCAUUAUCGAGUUUGUAUUAAAGAAGAUAUCAACUCAAGUGCGAAAUUGCCACGUCCUGACGGGGAAAUAAAAUUUGUUUUCAAAGCUCUGGUAGAUUUUUAAUAUGGCCUGCUCAUUUGGUUUUUCCGUUAAAGAAGGCUGCUGAUAAACAAAUAACAAAGGAAUUCUCCGCGCCAUCUCCAAGCUCGCCAUCAUCACAGUCAUCAUGCACUCGAAAGUAUACGAUCACUCCAACUGAUAGGUUAAAGUUGACUUCUAAUUUGGUUAAAGUUUUCAAGGAUGUAGCUAUUGGAAUGAAAAAGAGCGGAAAACGAAAACCUUCACGAUCCUAGCUAAAGUGUUCCUAAAUGAGCAAUGUGUUAGCCUUGAUUAUGAAGACAUCCUUGAUUGGUGAUUUCAAGGAGAGAUAAGAUCAUCUCACAUGUUGAUUUUAAUGAUGCAUCUGAGUGAGAUGGUUCUCAAAGAUGGCAUCUCUAGGCUAUAUGGAUUUUGUGACUGCACCUAUCUAUCCCCGCUAAGACGUGUGGAAAAAGAAGAUGAUCGAUGUGACUAUUUAUAUAGGGUAUUUGCGUGCAAUGAUGGAAAAAAUAAAUAUCAACUAUUCUUCUUGCCCUAUAUAGAAGAUCGGGAUUGGAUGUUGGUUGUUAUUUGUCCAUGGAUUGCAUUGGUUCAGUGGUUAGAUCCACUUGGAGCACAAAAUGAACCUCCCGAAUUUGCUCAAACAAUAAUCAACAGGGAAAUCAUCAAAUUUAGCGCGGAAUACCGAAAGGAUAUCCCAAAAAUAAAGAAGAACCCUUUCAUUACGUGGCAAAAAAUUGAGUGCCCUCGGCAACCUCCAUGCUCCAAGGAAAGUGGAUAUUAUGUUGGUCGCUACAUGAUUAAAACAAUAGCUUUGAGGCAAAUGUUCAUUCCUGAAAAGGUAUUGCUUGCUUCUGAUGCAUUGAAACUCAUGCUUAAUUUUUAUUCUAGAAUCAAUUGCAUCGAAACUCUCUUCCUAUUUCUACUACAUUUGCAGUAUUUGAAGUAUUUAUGGGGUCUUUGGAUUUAUUUUGCCAAAACUCUCACGUAUUCUCAAACUACGAUUGACAAGCUAAGGGAGAGGUGGAACUCAUAUGUUACUGAAUAUCCCCAACCAAAUAACGAUGAAUAUGAAGAUGAUGAUGAUGAUGAUCUAACGCUGUUGUUGCUGCAGUCUGUUCCUGCUGCAGACGUUGCUGUUGCUGUUGAGUUCUUGCGGUUGUUGUCUGUUGCUGUUCAUGAUAUUGGAUAUUUUUUUUAA